AUGAAAAAUUAUACAGCACUAACAACAUUCAUCCUGGUGGGACUAACAGAUGAUCCAAACCUACAGAUUCUGCUGUUUAUCUUUUUGUUUCUAACCUACUUGUUGAGUGUUGUCGGGAACCUGACCAUCAUCACGCUCACCUUGGUGGAUUCCCACCUUAAAACGCCCAUGUAUUUUUUCCUCCGGAAUUUCUCCAUCUUAGAAGUGUCAUUUACAACUGUCUGCAUUCCCAGAUUCCUCUACAUAAUUGCAUCCGGGGACAAUACUGUUACCUACAAUGCUUGUGAGGCUCAAUUAUUUUUUGUUAUCAUCCUGGGUGUGACUGAGUUUUUUCUCCUGACAGCCAUGUCCUACGACCGUUACGUGGCCAUCUGCAAACCCCUGCAUUACAUGACCAUCAUGAACAACAGAGUCUGCAUCAAGUUCCUUAUCGGUUGUUAUAUGUUAGCUCUGAUCAUCAUCCUCCCACCGUACAUCAUGGGCUUGGAGCUUAAGUUUUGUGACUCCAAUGUCAUAGAUCACUUUGGCUGUGAUGCUGCUCCCAUCCUGAAGAUUGCCUGCUCGGACACGGAGUUCAUAGAGCGAGUUGUCUUGGUCCUGGCUGGGUUGACGCUCUUUUUCACCUUGGUGUGUGUAAUUAUGUCCUACACGUACAUCAUCAGGACCAUUCUCAGAUUUCCUUCUGUGCAGCAAAGGAAAAAGGCUUUUCCGACAUGUUCUUCCCACCUAAUUGUGGUUUCUAUCACUUACGGAAGCUGCAUCUUCAUCUAUAUCAAACCGCAUGCAAAAGAAGGGCUUGCUGUGAAUAAGGUGGUGUCAGUGCUCACCACCUCAGUUGCGCCAGUUAUGAACCCCUUCAUUUAUACUCUGAGGAACAAGCAAGUGGUACAAGCUUUCAAAGACAUGAACAAAAGGGUUGCAUCUAUCUCAAAGAACUAG